UAUAUUUUAUUUUUUAGUUUAUACAUUUUAUUUUGUGAUGUGAUGUGAGCGCAGGUGCAACCCAACAGGCCCCAAACGUUCCUAGCAGCAAGUAAAAAUGAAAUAUAAAAAUAUAGUCCAAACAGCCAACAGAAAAAAAGCGGAGGCCCGAAAAACAGGUGGGGGUCCUCCACCACCACCACUCACAGAGGCUGAGCAGUUGGCCCUCAGCCAAAACAGUGGGCGCCCUGUGGCUGAAGGCAUCUCUGCGGGGACAUCCUCUGAGUCAAUAACCCCGCAAGACACAAGUGCCUACAUAAGAGUUGAUGGUGAUGGUGUACUGCAUCUGGUGCAGCCUCCUGUUGAGCCAGACCAACAUGCAGUUAAAAAUACUGAAGAAACAUUGACAGCUGUUACAGAGGAGGAAGCAACAGAGACACUUUAUGAGAGUGAUGAUGGAAAUGCAGAGGAAGAGGGUCCAGCCACUUUUCCAACAAACCUUUCCUCACUCCCUGUAAAGCAGCUGUACAAGACCUAUUUGAUCAAGAAAAUAAAAAAAUGCGACUUGGAAAUGGAACACUUCGAGCAGAAGAUCCAAAAGACCAAGAUUGAGAUUUUACUGCUGGAACAUCAGUUAAGGGUGGGUGAAGUGGUCAGAGAUGGACGAAUUAUUUCAGUGUUUGAACAACAUAAUAAUAUACUUAUUAAUACUUUGUGUACAGGAAAUACAGGCGACCAAUAAAGCCAGUUGAACAAAAGAUCUGUUUAU